CCCGCCUCGGCUCUCGUGGCUCAUGGGGCCAGGGGCUGUUCGCACCCGCCUUCAGCCGGCCGCCGCUAGCGCCUGCGGCUUGUGCCCCCCCCCGGUGCUGUCCUGGGCUCUGGGCGCGGCGCCUGCUGCUGACGCCCGCCGGGGGCUGGCGCGGGGCAGUGGCCUGAGCGGAGAGUCCGUGACUCGCUCCCACCGAGACCCGCCGGCGGGGCUGUCGGCGUUUAGCCCGGGGCCCGGACAACCAGCAGCGCCUUCCAGGCGUGCCCCAAGCCUGGCGCUUUCCGGAGCUGCCGCCGGAGCCUGGCUGCCCGGUUCCCGAGCCUUCCCCUGGGAGCGGGGCCGCCCAAUCCCCGCCGAAACGCCGGUCUCUGCGCGAGGGUGUAAACUCGUGGCAGCCGCCUGUCUGUCGGCUAAGCGCCGGCGUGGGCUGGCCUGUGCGCUUCGUAGCGGUAUGGAUCAGCCUUGGCGCUCUAGCGAAGGGAACAUGGUGGAGACGUUUUAAGCAGGCGUGUCCGGCUGCCUGGACCCUGAGGCGCAGCUGGAUUCCUGGUGUAGACAGUGGGGUUGGACUGGGACUCGGGCCCUUCUAGGGGCAUAUGGAGAACUGGACAAGAGACUGGAAAGUGAAGAGAGUUUUGUUUAUUCCCUAUGCUCUUCAUGAUCGAGAUGCCUAUGCCAAGACCGCAAGAGAGAAGUUUGAAAGUUUAGGAUACAAGUUGGAGAGUAUUCAUGAAUCUUCAGAUCCUGUAGAAGCUGUAAGGAAAUCUGAAGCAAUAUUUAUUGGUGGUGGAAACACAUUUCGGCUCUUGAAAGCUCUUUAUGACAACAGUCUGCUCCAGGAGAUCAGGAAGAGAGUUCUUGAGGAUGGAAUUCCAUACGUGGGGUCCAGUGCAGGAACGAACGUAGCUACUGUCAGCAUCAGCACAACCAAUGACAUGCCAAUCGUGUACCCACCUUCUCUGCUGGCCCUUGGAUUGGUUCCUUUUAACAUCAACCCCCACUACUUGGAUCCAGAUGUUAACAGCACUCACAUGGGUGAGACUCGUGCGGAGAGGAUUCUUCAGUAUCAUGAGGAACCAAACACCCCUCCAGUACUGGGUUUACGUGAAGGAGCAAUGUUACUAGUGGAAGGAGACAAAGCCACCCUGCAAGGAGUAACUGGAGCACGGUUGUUUCUGAGAGGUGAGAAACCAACUGAACAUGAGCCUGGAACAGAUUUCAGUUUCCUCCUGACCGAUAGUAACUCCCAGAAGCCCUAACCUUUCCUGCUGUGAAACACCAGAUGCUAAAGGAAGAUAGUGAAAAGAGGAGCUCCCAGGUCUGGAAAAAGUAAAUUUUGUAAAUAAAGCAGGAUUUAAAGAA